UGUAGUUUGUGGUGCUAUUGGCAGACCAUAUUCACGGAGAGCCCAAAUGUGCCUGAACAAACGGACUGCGAGGGUCGUCGACGUCUCGGCGAGCGGUACGCCUCUGAACACAACCUUCCGGUCCAGUGCCGGACGGGUGACCAGAUGUACCGGAUUUGCGCCAUUUGUUGGCUCAUUAAGCCGGACAGAGCCCAUCACUGCCGGAACGAAUUACCGGAAUCGGGAAAAUAUAUUAUAUUAAUGCUAUUCGCGGUGUCCUUCAUGUUUGCCAUGUCUUUGUCCGGUCUAUUGGGUUAUCACAUCAUACUUAUUAUACACAACACGUCUACAAUAGAGUCUUUCCAAAAGCCGGUAUUCCUGGCCGGGACUAACAAUAAUGGCUAUGAUCAAGGGAAUAUCGGUAAUGGCUUUACAUAUGAAGUGGGAAUCAAACUACCGGUGCAACUCUACACUCAGUCUGACCAGAUAUACAUAGGGAUUGAAACUAAUUAAGAGUUUUUUUAAAUGAAAUAAAUGGAUCUUUAUUAAUCAAAUAAAUUCGCC